CUUGUUGACAGAGAUGACGCCUCUUGGAGAGAUGAAGUCCAACAAAACUUCUUAGAAUGCAAAGAAGACACAUGCGCCGUUCUUGAAGAUGAAAUAGAAAACAGAAUAGAUGAGCUAUUAAAGGACAAAGAACUUUUACAUAAAUAUGGUUCGGAGAAAUUUGACAUAACUCCACCAGAAAAGAAGAAGAGAGAAAAGAAAGAGAAGAAAGUAGAAGAGAAGAAAGAAAAGAAAGUAGAAGAAGAGAAGAAAGAACCUGAACCAGUUCCAGAGAAAAAGAAAUUUGACAUGUAA